UUUUUUCCUCAUCUAAUUACAUCAAUAUUCGAUAACUGGUUUGAUUUGAUUAUUCAAAGUCAUGGGACGAUCACCUUGUUGUGAAAAAGCUCAUACCAACAAAGGUGCCUGGACCAAGGACGAGGAUCAACGCCUCGUCGAUUACAUCCGUCUCCACGGUGAAGGUUGCUGGCGUUCCCUUCCCAAAGCUGCUGGGCUGCUUAGAUGUGGUAAAAGUUGUAGAUUAAGAUGGAUAAAUUACCUGAGGCCUGAUCUCAAGAGAGGGAAUUUCACUGAAGAUGAAGAUGAGCUCAUCAUCAAGCUUCACAGUUUACUUGGAAACAAAUGGUCUUUGAUUGCUGGAAGAUUACCUGGAAGAACAGAUAAUGAGAUAAAGAAUUACUGGAACACACACAUCAAAAGAAAGCUUAUAAGCAGGGGAAUCGACCCUCAAACUCAUCGUCCUUCGAACGAAACUGCUGCCAAUACCACCACCAACAGAAUCAUCACAGCCCUUACUGAAUUGGAUUUCAGAAACGCACCCAAAUCGAAUUUCAUGAAAACCCCAUCAUCUCUGGAAUUCAAACACAAUGAAUUUCAAUUCAAGCCCAACGCAGAUUCCCUCGAAGAACCCAAUUGUACCGCCAGUAGUGGCAUGACUACAGAUGAAGAACAACAACAGCAACAGCUACACAGGAAGCAGUAUGAUAAUCCAAGUGACGGGGAAGAGUUAAAUUUGGAGCUUUCGAUUGGGAUUAGUUCAGCCGUCUCCUCUCGAGUUUUAAGCGCUAACUCUGCCGAGUCCAAACCAAAGCUAGAAAACAACAAUUUCCAGUUUCUUGAACAAGCUAUGGUGGCCAAGGCAGUGUGUUUGUGUUGGCAAUUAGGGUUUGGAAGGAGUGAAAUUUGUAGGAACUGUCAAAAUUCAAAUGGCUUCUAUAGAUUUUGUAGACCUUUGGACUCGUAGGGUCAUUUUUACUUUUAGAUGAUAAUUUGAGAUAAUUACUUAAUCAUUACCAUCUUUUCCUC